UUUCUGUCUUCAUUGUCUUAGACACCAUGGUGAAACACCUCCAGUCUGCAAAUGCCUAUCGGAGUUUUGCUGAGUUUCGCCAGGAAUCCAGUACAUUGCACUCUCUCCAGCAUCCCUGCAUUGUCUCGCUAGUGGGCAUCAGCAUUCAUCCACUCUGCUUCGCCCUACAGUUAGCCCCCUUGGGUAGCCUCAACACAGUGUUGGAGGAAAAGCACAAAGGCAAAAGCUUCAAGUACAUGCCGCUUGGACACAUGCUAACCUUCAAAGUAGCCUAUCAGAUUGCAGCAGGACUGGGAUACCUUCACAGAAAGAGCAUCAUCUUCUGUGACCUCAAAUCUGAUAACAUUCUGGUGUGGUCUCUGGAGGUACAGGACACGGUCAAUGUUAAACUGUCUGACUAUGGGAUCUCUCGACAAUCCUUCCAUGAGGGGGCUUUGGGAGUUGAAGGCACACCGGGCUACCAGGCUCCUGAGAUCCGACCAGGCAUCGUGUAUGAUGAGAAGGUGGACAUGUUCUCCUAUGGCAUGGUGAUGUAUGAGCUCCUGUCUGGGCGGAGGCCAGCGCUGGGACACCACCAGCUUGAGAUAGCAAAGAAGCUCUCAAAAGGUAUUCGGCCAGUGCUGGGUAGUCCACAAGAGGUUCAGUUCUGCUGCCUGCACAACCUGAUGACUGAAUGCUGGGACACUAAACCUGAGAAGAGGCCAGUGGCAAUGCAUUGUGUGAGGCAGAUGAAGGAGCCUAGCUUCGCCUGCCUCAGGUAUGUAUUGCCCUGUGACGUCAACUCUCAGCUCUUCCUGUCCCAGCUCCAAGGAUAUAGUGCUGUGUUCUGGAAUGACGAUAAGGAGGACAGGAACUACAGUGUGGUGAAUGUUAACAAGGGUCAGGUGGAGGUGAAGAGGAUGGCCUGUCCAGGUAGCAGGAUUAGCUGUCACAUGAAGAUGGGGAACACUCUGUGGAUGGCAACUGAGGAACAGGAGGUGUUCAUCUACAGUCUGAAGGACAUGUGUCCACUCAGUCAACCCCAGAAGCAGUUCUCCUGUCCCGCCAUCAUCACUUGUUUGUUUCCUGUUUCAGCGAGGGAGCAGAGCCUGGACAAAGUGUUUGCAGGGAUGUCGGACGGUCUGUUGGCGGUGUAUAACGUAGUGGAGGACCUUCCACUAGAAGGAGAAACAUACAUCUGCUCCCACACCCUGAAUAAGACAGUGUUUGGUCUGAAGGAUUCAGAUCCCAGGCAGAGACCUUAUCCCAUCAGGACCAUGGCUCUCGUUGGCAGUGGAUCCCAGUUAUGGUUCUCCAAUGGCCCGGGCCUGCUAGUUAUAGACUGUCUGAGUCUUCAGGCAGUUUAUAGGCUGGAGACCUAUAGCCCACCAUCUUCCGUCAUAUCUUUGGAAACCAGCUUUAGUCUAUGGGGAGAAGAAGCAGUCUGGACUUUGGAUGACUACACGAACACCCUCUUGCUCUACCAUGCUGCCUCCUACGAGCUCUGUGCCAAGUACUGCUGCGGGGACAGCAGUCCUCUACGGAGUGUCUUUACUGUGCAGCGUCCCGCGGGGCUAACACCAAUGGCAGUGACCGAUCUCAAAUCCACACACCAGAAAGAGAAGCCAGAGUGGUCCAAUGAAAAAGUGACAUUGAUCUUCAAUGAGCAGGCAGGUACUCAGAUGAUCCAGCACCAGGAUUCACUCACAGACUACUGUUCUAUAUCAUCUGCUUGCUCCUUGGAGCCAGUAGAGUUAGACUCUUCAAGCAGCAUAGACCACAGCUCGUUUGGCAGCUGCAGUGGUGUCUUACAGCCUGCAGACCUGGAGGAGAUAGAGAGGAACCACAAACGCCAGUCAUCCUCCAAAUCUUAUGGUCUGGAAUCUGCAGAAACUAUGAACCCUACCGCACCUCAUCUUCAAGCUUUCUCAGUGCUGCAAGUCAAUGGAACUCUAUGGAUCCCCAGGCGUGGAGGUGAUGUGAUGGUCAUCGAAAUACAGCCACUUGCUAAUCAGCUACAGGGCCGCGUCAUUGCUGUCCUCACUCCGCCUGGAUGUUCGUAUUUGGGAAUCCUGAGGGAAGCAGCGCUAGUGGCGAAGGACACAGUCGUAUGUGGUUUUCAGAAGGAAAACAUGGAGUGGUGCCUGUGUGUCUGGAGGGCCUGGGGCUGCUCAGAGCUGGAAGUCUUCUACCAGUCCUAUGAGAAGCUGGGCCACUUGGAGACCAACAUGAGGAAAAGAAAGUAGUGGUUUUGUUGCAACAGCAAGGUGCAUAAUCCAAUCUCUGUAUGGCAGCUGAGCCAAGGGGAAUGCACCCUGACAGACUGCCAGUGUUCAGAGUUGGGGGUUGUGGAGCACUGACAUCAGGGCAACCUGUGAGGCAAACCGGGUCUCCAAUGAGGGAUGAUCUUGAAGCUGGACACCACUGAAUACUUCAGUACAAUCAUAACUUUAAACCAGAAAAAUUCUGCGAAAAUAUAAAAACCAUGAAGCUGAAUCACAGAAUAAACUUUGGUUGAUGGUUGUGAUUCAGUUCAAGAUGUGGUUGAGUAUGUUGUGAGGUGUUUGAUGCUGACUGUACCCCAUCAUUGUUUCUUAGCCUGUUUCAGUCUUCCUAAAGCUCAGUAUACGUUCUGGAGGUGACACAGUGCUGGGAGACUCUGAAACAACAGACACCGAUUAUUUAAAUUAAGUGAUUUAAGAUAGUGCUGUUGUUCCAACUCUGUUGCUGUAAGCAGACAGCAAGUCGUAAAUGUGUUGCUGGCUGUUAUAGUUUAAGUCUAUAUUGGCUAAAUUUCUUCAGUUUUGUUUUAAACGGUGCCAUGUGAACCUGGAUGCAACCUGCAGCUCAAACUGUAAA